AUGUCUACGAUAAACGAACUAGCAGACGAUUGUUUGGAGCUCAUUUUCAUCCAUUGUGAAGGCAAUCCUUGGACACUAUCAAGCAUUUCAAAGGUGUGUCGGCGAUGGUAUCAUAUCGCUCAAAGACCCUCAGUGUGGCGUACGCUUCAAGUCAGUCUUCCAUACAAACAUACUGCCUAUUUCGAAUUCCUUUCUUCUGAAUACACCAAACAGCACCUGGCGUCCGUAAAGCAUUUGCAAAUAUCAAAACCAACCGAGACUCGACACAGCCAUCCGAAAUCACUGCCUUUGGAAGCAUUAAAACAUGUCACACACUUGGAAACAUCCAAUCUCUGUUUGGCAGAAAUAGGCCAUUUAUCCCAACAGGUCAAGCUGAUAACAUCUGAUAUCGAAUCAAUUACGUGCAAUAAUAUCGAGACUUGGUGCGACACAAGACAGUUCAGCACAGAUUUAUUCUCGGCUCACCCUCACUUACAUCAAGUUUGCUUCCAUUUCAACGAAGAUGGGCAUUCAGGGUUUGCAUCAAUCCAUAAUGCACCAGAAUCAGCAGCGCCUGCUCUGAAUGGUAUUAAAUCAUUGAUGCUAACAAGUGUGCGAGACGACGAGGCUAUGGAUCAGCAUGACGUGUUGGAAAAGGUGCAGAUAGUAGAGGCAAACAUGGACGAGGUAUUUUCACAAGAGCAGAUACAGCAAGUUGAACAGCAAAAGGCGGGUUUACUGCAGAUUUGGAACGAUGUCGAGCAGAGGUUAUUGAGAAAAUACAGCUACCUCACGAGUCUAAGACAUUUGGAGCAUUUGGAUUUUGGAUUUUGCUAUGCUUGGACGCCUGCCAUGUGGAGAAGCUUUCGCUGUUUGGCAGAAUGCAACCCUCACUUGAAGUAUGUAGGGUUACAUGGCUGGGAUCAGUUGGGCAAGUUGGGUAAAUUUGCUAGUAGAAGCUCAACGUUUCAGCCUAUACGUGCUGAUGCCGAAUCUGCCAUGGCUGAAUGCUUUCAAGUAAUGCCAAAUUUGGCGACUUUGAAGCUUGUUGAUUUCGCUAUUGGACCUGGACUAUUCACAGCUGGUAGACAUAUCGCCAAAUCAAUCUGUCAUAUAAGUGUCAUAUUCACGAAAUACUUUUUAAAAUACUUGAACGAGCAGGCAGAUAUUUGGCAUCUAAUGGGGCCGAUCAAGGAGUUUGUGCAAUUUUCGUUCGCUGAAAAAUGCCUGGAGGACGACACAAGCCUUUGCAAUAUAUUUCUUCACCCCGAUCUGAUAGAUAGAGUGAAUAACAGCCUAUUUUUUAAAGAAGAGUCUCUCACUAAACUCAUACAGAAUGCUGUGAAAGGGAAAAACGUCAAGGUGAAAUUAGCUGAAUACAUUCCUUGA